AUGCCCUUUCCAUUUGUGCUUUCCACCACCUCCCACAUCUCCUUUCAGGCCAGCCUUAUCUCAUCCACCCACCCGUCGCUCCCUUCCGCUGCAACAUCUCAGCGAGCGGCCCUCCGGGCGGCGCUGAAGGCUCACAAGAGACUGCCAGCGACGGACCAAGCUACAAACCUGUUGUCUCUUGCUUCCACGGUACAAAGCUACAUACGCUACCUUGUCACGCUCGACGUCGCGUUAUCUGGCAAGCCUGUGGCUGGUGAGGUCGUCGACAUUGCACUUGCAAAGGAACCUGAAAUUGAAUGGCGGCCAACCCUCGGCUCCAGUGCCAUUCCGGGCCGUGAGAACGAGAGGGUCAAGGGCAAGGGGCUUGACUACGAGCUUUUCUUUGUGCACCAUACGCUAGCGCUCAUUCAGAAUCUGCUGGCAAGGCAAUCUCUCCUUGGGCUUUACUCUUCAGUCAAUCCGACAUCAGAACAGCGGAUAUCGCUGAUCCAAAGUGCUUCCAAGUGCCUCAAGACGGCACACGCGAUCCAUUCCUAUCUUCUAUUGAGGGCAAACUCUUCAAACGAUGGACCUCCGACAUUCCCGCCCGCUGCGGUUGACGUGUCGACAAGUGUACAGUCGGCUUUGCAACACUUGACCCAUGCCGAAUUUAAUUUGCUCUGUGUGCUGAAGGAAGACCCAUAUCCCGCCAUACUCGUUCAGUCACGAAAUAAGGACGACAAAGAGUGGAUGAUCAGAGCUCCACAGAUCCAGAAGGUUCGGGGCCAAGUCCUGACUCGGCUCUGCAUCGGAGCGGCAGAACAUGCUUCUGCUGCCGCUGUAGGACUGAAGGUCGAGACUACUAAGGCAUCGAAAGAGCUACUCGAAUAUUGUGAUGGUAUCCACCGAGCGUCACGGGCGAAAGCUUGCAGAUUCCAGGCUCUGGAGGAAGACACACAUGCAGGCCAGGUAGGGAAAGCAAUCGCGUGGCUAAGAGCAGCCAUGAAUGAGUUGGGAAUGGAAGUGGGAAAAGAUGGAUCCAAGUCUUCGGGUUUGGGCAAGCUAAAGUCAUCUUGGAUUGAACGAAGAGAAGACAAACGGAUCGAAAAGGGUAGCAUGACGUGGGGAAUGGAUGGUGGCAAGCUCGAGGAAGGUCGGAUUAUAGAAUAUCUGGACCAAAAGUUCAACAAACAGAACGAUACGAUCAACGUCCAGCUGAUUCCGGAGUGGAAACCGCUGCUGGCAAUGCUGCCUAGCGGGAUGAACAUGCCGGUAGACGAGAAAUGGAAACCGGCACCGUUGGAGGAAGGGGAGUUGGCAGCAAUGAGGGCGCCGCCUGACGACGAUGAACUGGGCGCCGCAAACAGCUCGGACGAAAACGAAGACACAACGACAGCACCGGCAGGGGCUUUCCCUGGUACGCAGCGGGAUUAUGGCAGUGGGGCGAGCUAUUAUUGA